AUGGCACAACAAGCUCAACUAGGACUUCAAGAUGCAGCCUCCCCUAUUAUAGAAGAACUCAUUCACUUCCACGACCAUACCCUGACAGUUGUAUUCUUAAUUAGUGUAUUAAUUUUUUACCUCAUUAUUGUAAUAGUUACUACCACAUUUAUAAAUAAACACUCUCUUGACUCUCAAGAAGUAGAAAUUGUAUGAACAGUUAUACCAGCUAUUGUCCUCAUUACAAUUGCCCUCCCCUCCCUACGGAUCCUUUACCUUACUGACGAAAUUAGCAAUCCACAUUUAACUAUUAAAGCAGUAGGCCACCAAUGAUAUUGAUCCUAUGAAUAUACUGACUAUCACCAAAUAGAAUUUGACUCUUACAUAAUCCCAACAAAUGAACUUGAACCCGGUGGAAUUCGUCUCUUAGACGUUGACCAUCGUAUUGUAGUACCAAUAGAAUCCCCAGUCCGAAUAUUAAUUACAUCUGAAGAUGUAAUCCACUCCUGAACUAUUCCAUCCUUAGGUACUAAAGUAGAUGCAGUCCCAGGCCGACUAAACCAAGCAACAUUUAUUACAACCCGACCAGGUUUGUUCUUUGGUCAAUGCUCAGAAAUCUGUGGCGCAAAUCAUAGUUUUAUACCAAUCGCAUUAGAAGCUGUCCCUCUCUCAAACUUCGAGAAUUGAACUACUAAAGUACUAGCAUCCUAA